AUGGGAGCUACCGGCGCUCGACGUCGGGCUAGCAGUUUUACCGUACCGAAUAACCCCGUCACGGUUGGCAUUGUGUUGCGAUGGAGUGCACUAGGAAGUUUAGUGAUAUGUGUUGUACUGGUGCUCGUACUACCAUGGCCUUUACCUUACGAACAGCCAAUCGAAGAGAUCAUGCAGGACCGAUCGAGCCAUCUGCAGGAACAGUGCCAAACGAUUCUCGACCACGGGAAUCUGUCAGCUUCCAGUGCACGAACAUUAAAACCACAGUAUCUGUACUAUAACUACUUUUAUCAGCCACAGUUUCAAAUGCUCUGGUGCUCGAUUAACAAGGUCGCUUCCAGCAGUUGGAUGUAUCAGUUCAAUCGAUGGGCCGGUGUUUCGCGGGAAAAAAUCGCACAAGCCGCACGGGAUAUGAAGGCACUCGCGCGUAUGUACUACCCCGUACCGACACGUGCCGACGUGGAACAAAUAAAGCGAAACGUGGACUUGCCAGUGAUCCGAUUUCUGCUGGUGCGUGAUCCAAUGGAUCGGUUCGUCAGUGCGUACGAGGAUCUGAUCGUCCGACCGCAGAGUGAUAACUAUCUUACCCUGCGGCGGUUCAUCUUUCGCGAAGUUUACGGCCUAGACACCCCCUCAGGCAGCGAGAAUGGUACCUCCCCGCCCGUACCGAGCUUCAGCGACUUUACCGAGUUUGUGCUGCGUCGCCCCAACGUGCUAGAUCCACACUGGGACACUUACUACAAUCUGUGCGAUCCCUGCUUCCUGCAGCCGACCGUGAUCGUCAAGCUGGAAACGUACGACCGGGACGUGGCGCACCUGCUCCAGCUCGCACACGUACCCACCGGUGCGGAUAAUUAUGAUAAUGCACGGGGUAAAGCAUUUGAGGGACAUCGUCUGAAUGUUAAUCAUCAUCGCGCGUCGGGUGACACUUUACAUCGAAACGCCUCCACGAUAGAUCGGCUGGCGGAACUGACGAAGGAACAGUUCGAGCGAUUGUAUCGCCGGUACGAGCUAGACUUCCGAUUGUUCCAGUAUGAUGCGAGCCACUACUUUGCGAUGUACGGGACGGAUUGA